UAGAAAUAAAAACAUAAGAAGGUUAAAGGGGAACUAUACCUCGAGCUUUUGAUUUCUCCGUCCGCUUAACAGUAAGUUACUUAACUGUAAAUGAACAGAAGGUCGCACAUUAGGAGAAACAACGCGUAAGGAAACAUUUGUUAAUGGGAAUAACUAGGAAGCUUGCUACUAAGUUAAUAAGUUAUCAGAGUUCAAUUAGACACCAACACAAGAAGGUAAUAAUGUCACGACGACUUCAUGCACGCAGAACAGACGGCGUGGAUAAAAACAUCUGGGUUGAAUUCACACAACUGGCAGCAGACUACAAAGCAGUGAACCUUGGACAGGGAUUUCCUGACUUCUCCCCUCCCAAAUUCCUCCAGGAUGCUUUUUGUGAAGCUGUGAGUGGAGGACCCCAAAUGCACCAGUAUACCCGAGCUUUUGGCCAUCCUCCUCUUGUAAAAAAUCUUGCUAAAUUCUUCAGUAGGAUUGUGGGACAUGAGAUUGAUCCUCUUGAAGACGUCCUGGUCACAGUUGGAGCUUAUCAGGCUCUCUUCUGUGCAUUUCAAGCUCUGAUUGAUGAAGGGGAUGAGGUCAUAAUUGUUGAACCAUUCUUUGACUGCUACCAGCCAAUGGUGAAGAUGGUUGGAGGAAAGGCAGUCUAUGUACCUCUCAGGCCAAAAGUUGAGGGAAGCACCGUCCUGUCAAGUGGAGACUGGGUUCUUUCUGCUGAGGAGCUGGCCAGUAAAUUCACUCCACGCACAAAAGCCAUCGUUAUCAACACUCCCAAUAACCCACUGGGCAAGGUUUACAAGACUGAAGAGCUCCAAAUGAUUGCUGAUCUGUGUAUCAAACAUGAUGCGCUGUGCAUCAGUGAUGAGGUGUACGAGUGGCUGACUUAUGAUGGAAACAAGCAUGUAAAGAUAGCCAGUCUUCCCGGCAUGUGGGAACGAACAAUCACUAUUGGCAGUGGAGGAAAGACCUUCAGUGCUACUGGCUGGAAGGUCGGCUGGGUCAUCAGCUCUGGGCACAUCAUCAAACACUUGAAAACCAUCCAUCAGAACUGUGUUUACCACUGUGCUACAGCUGCUCAGGAGGCAGUCGCUCGUGGAUUUGAGAGAGAAUACGAGCUGUUUGGGACUCCAGAGAGUUACUUCCAGCAGCUGCCUGCAUUGUUGCACCAGAAGAGAGCGAAGCUGGCCUCGUGCCUGGAGAGUGUGGGUUUGCAGCCCAUCAUGCCAGAGGGAGGCUAUUACAUGAUGGCAGACAUCUCCUCUGUCAAGGUGGACAUCAGUGACCAGACCACUAAGGAUGAACCCAAUGACUUUAGAUUUGUUAAGUGGCUAAUUAAAGAGAAGGGUUUAGCAACAAUCCCCGUCUCUGCAUUCUACAGUCCAGAGCACAGCAAGGAGUUUAACAAAUACAUCCGAUUCUGUUUCGUUAAGGAGGACUCCACCUUGAACGCAGCAGAGGACAUCUUGAGAAAGUGGAGUCAGGAACAGUAAAACCGACCACGAUGCAAAGUAUUACCCGUCCAUAUAGAUCUCUCCAGGCUGCUCUCUGGGUUGCCUCCUCUGUUAAAAUGAGCCAUAUUCGGUGUUUCAGUGUGUGCUUAUGGCACAGUCAGGUACUUGAAGACAACGUCCACUUUGUCCACUCAGUUGGUCCUACUGCUGUUGUGAAAACAAUCUUGUACGCAAUGAUUCUUAAGCACUUAACUCUGAAAGGAAAAAAAUAUCAAUGUUAUGAUUAUGUCACAGUAAUUUUAAAGGAUAUGUUUUUUGUUUAGUUUUUUUGUUUUCUUGUAUGAUGUCCUCUUACUGUAUUUCACAAUUUAACUGCAGAUAUAUUUCUCCUGAAUCAAACUAACAAAAUGUUUAAUAAAGCUUUUAAUAUAUGCACACGU